AUGUAUUUGAAAACAGUGCUUAUCGAGUGUCUCCGGGAACUCCAGUGUGCGGACUACACAACAGACCAGGCAGCUCGCAGCAGUGAUGCAGCUACAAGCUGCUUCCUGGCUCUCGUCUGGGAGGGAGCCCUAACACACGUAGAAUUCUCCGAAUCAGAGCUAACUUCUCUUGUACCUUUGGUAGACGCAGCGGUGCUGUCUCUCCGCUGUGAACGUUUAGCUUGUAUUUUUCGUACACGUCUCGAAGACUCUCUGCUCCGAGAGCGUUCCUCGCUGCAAUUUCUUCUAGACGGCUUUCUAGGAGACGAAACGUUUUCUAAACCUCUCAGGGGGGGGGAAUCUGUGAGAGUGCAGCACUUCUUGAUACGGUUAUCGAACGUUUGCGUGACGACACCAGUGACUCUGAAGACGAACUACAACCUAGACAACCUCACCACGGUGUCCCCGCUUCCCACACUUGGUGGACGUAUUAAUUUAAUUAAUUUUCUAACUAUUAACAUGGGGUUGGGAGAUAUUUUAAACGGUAUACCCGUAAUAGGCCAUGCCAAAUCUGGUCUCCAUGCUCUUUCCGGAAAUAGAUAUGCAGCUGAUGAGGCCUUUAAGGCAGCAAAUAGAACUACGGUGGGUAUGGCUGCAGAUGCUGCCGGUGGUAUAGUUGGUGGACCAGCAGGAAUGAUUGGUGGCGCCAUCGCUGCAGGCUCAGCUGUUGAUGGUGUUUUGUCUGUGGCCAAUCGGCGUGCAACACGCGUUUUAUCAUCUCGUGUUGGAAUGUCUGUGAAAACGAGGCUGAUCGAGUGUCUCCGGGAACUCCAGCGUGCGGACUACACAACCGACGAGGGAGCCCGCAGAAGUGACGCAGCUACCAGUCGCUUUCUGGCACUCGUCUGGGAGGGAGCUUUAACACACGUAGAAUUCUCCAAACCAGAGCUAACUUCUCUUGUGCCUUUGCUAGACGCAGCGGCGUUGUCUGUACGCGCACGCUGCGAACGUUUGGCUUGUAUUUUUCGGACACGUCUUGAAGACUCUCUGCUCCGAGAGCGUUCCUCGCUGCAAUUUCUUUUAGACGACUUUCUAGGAGCCGAAGCGUCUUCUAAACUUCGUAGGGAGGGAAUCUGUGACAGUGCAGCACUUCUUGAUACGGUUAUCGAACGUUGGCGUGACGACACCAGUGACUCUGAAGACGAACCGCAAGCUAGACAACCUCACCGCGGUAUCCCCGCUUCCCAUACUUGGUGGACGCAUUAAUUUAAAGUCUGGUUUUCUAUUAAGAUGGGGUUAGGAGAUAUUUUAAACGGUAUACCUGUAAUAGGCCAUGCCAAAGCUGGUCUCCAUGCUCUUUCCGGAGAUAGGUAUGAAGCUGCUGAGGCCUUUAAGGCAGCAAAUAGAACUACGGUGGUUAUGGCGGGAGGUGCUGCCGGUGCUAUGGUUGGUGGACCAGCAGGAAUGAUUGGUGGUGCCAUCGCUGCAGGCUCAGCUGUUGAUGGUAUUUCGUCUGUGGCCAAUCAUCGUGCAGAAGGCGUUUUCGAUGGAAUUAAAGAUGUAGCACAUGACAUCACAAAGGGAAAACUACCUAUAAAGUCGGUGAUAAAAACUGGGUUAUAUGUUGGCUCAGAUGCCCUCAGUGGUGCUACAGGAGGAAGUAUCGCUGCUAACAUACCUAAAGAGAUAGGCAAGUCACUCGUUAAAGAUGCAGUUACGGUUGUCGCAAAAAGUACAACAAAAGCAAUGGUUGCGACCGCUGCAGCAGGAAGGACAACGCGCGAAGUAGCCAAAGCGAUAGAACAUAACGAAUGCUCGGGUGGAUCGUCCUCUAGUGGAUCAUCUUCUAGAAACUCUGGCAACAGUAAUAAAAAUACGUCAAGUACUGGAUCAAAAUCUUCGAAAUCCAAUUCCAAUUCUGGUACCAAUACCAACAAGUCAACUAACACAUCGACUAACAGUGGCAGCGGUGGACAACCACCUCAAAAUAACAAAAAUAACCCUAACUCUGGCCACCAAACUAAUCAAACGAAUACCGAGUCUCAUUUUGAUGUAUUUUUUAGAUUAUUUGGUAAGAUGAUAACGAGUUUGAAUGAUAUACAAAUCGCUGGGGUACAUCUGUUCAGGGAGAUCACUAGUGGACAACCCACAGACAGAGCUAGAAAAAACAGUUUAAAGAAACUCAUUCAAGCAUUGAGGAAUGAUGGUAUUAUCGAAAGAGUUAUUGAAACUGUUGAAAAUAUAUUUAAGCAGUUGGAUCGGUCGGAGGUGACUUUCGCUAAUUUUAUGUAUUUGACCGAAAUGGUGGCUUCAUAUGUUACAGACCGCUUAGCUCGGCGUCAUGAAAUGCAGAGCAGCCGUAACCCUCAAACACCAUUUCACCAGCGACGUGCAGAGAAUUUAAAAAUCGUAUUGAAAGAAAUCUUAGAACCGGGCAGUGCUAACAACAUACUUAACAUUUUUAGGAGUCUUCGAACUCACAUUUUAGAGGCUUGGACAAACUUGCAACCUACUUUUGCGAGCAUUAUCACAGCUGUCACUCAUUACUUCAAGCACAAGUUCGUACCGGCCAGUAGUCGGGUUCUGAGCAUCCACGAAUACUUCCAACUUAUUAGAAGCAUAAUGCCCAGAGUGUUAAAUUCUCCUCAAUACGGAGAGUUACAAGCUGGGAUCAGAAGUCGACUUGUUUACGACGUGUACCGUUCAGAAUUCGGUAGAAGAGUCAGGAUAGUACUUCAAGUUCAGAAUAAUACAAUUAUUUUAUCAUCAUGUCAUAUUUUAGACGUGAUUGUCUGUUUUGAUGAUAAAGAUGGAAAUGAAGAAUUUGAUCCUACUUACUAAGAAUAUCAUAAAUAAAACAUGAAUGUAAUGCUAAAGUUCAAAAGCAUCAACAGCAAUGUGUACUAGAUGAGACAGCCAGGCAUCAUCAUAAGAAAUUUUAAUUUGUUCAUAUCUAAUACUUAAAUAAACAGCUGUUAUAUU